CAGGGGACGAGCUCUUGGAGCUGCACGUCGUGCACAUCGUCCAGCCCUUCUCACUGGACUGCCCGACCCAAAAUGCCGCCCGUCUCUCCUGACCCUUGAUUUCUGGAGCGGGGGGCCAUGAUGAGCGAUCGAUGGUAUUGGCCAUGUAAUGCAGGUGCUUGAACAAGAACCGGAAAGUCCUUGCAGUUGUUGCUUCCGCCCGUCAGUAAUAAUGCGCUCCUUCUGCCCUACAACUUCUUCCCGAUCCUCUUUUCAUCUUUUCUCCAUCGCCGACGCCAGAACCAUAUUCCCAUACUGGACAGAUACAUAUCGCAAGGCCGAUAUCGAUUUGUCGUUAGUGCCGCCAACAACGUGAUUAGGAAGACAGUCGAGCUAGAAACGAGCGCUGUGAUAUUCUAUACGAAGGUGGAUCCCUGGCAGCCGCGUUACAAAAAGACGGCACUCACCACGUCGAUUAAUACACUCGCCAACUCCUGUCGCGAGCUUUCAUCUCACCCGCCUGCGCGAGAAGUCGGUACCAUUUAGAAAAUUUGGAGGGUUUAUUCUUGAUUGUUAGUCGCUGUGCGACGAGAGGGGCUUGCGUGUAAUUUCUCGUAUCACCUGUUGUCUUUAUCGAAGGAGUAUAAAAUCUACCACGAUGCUGUCAUCAGUAUUAUUAGCCGUGCUCGCAUCAACCUUAGCGUCGGCCCAUACAGUCAUCACCUACCCAGGAUGGAGAGGAGACAACCUCAUCACGAACUCUUCGUGGCCAUACGGCAUGCAGUGGACCUAUCCAUGCGGCGGUAUUCCACUGACGACGAAUAGGACGUAUUGGCCCACUACGGGUGGCGCUGUCGCGUUCCAGCCGGGUUGGUUCCAAGGGCAUCAGACGGCAUUCUUAUAUAUCAACUUAGGCUUCGGCACCACCGGGCCGGAUGGAGGGCCGGAAAAUAUGUCAUUUCCUAUGAUCGCACCUUUUCAGCUUCUCGGCCCUUCGAAGGGUCCGUAUCCCGGGACCGUCUGUCUGCCACAGGUACCACUGCCCGCGAACAUGUCUUUCAACCCCGGUGACAACGCGACGCUGCAGGUCGUCGAAAUAGCGCAGCACGGAGCUGCCCUUUUCUCGUGUGCUGAUAUCACAUUUGCUGCACCCGGUGACGAGAAGAUCGCCAAAGUAAACGAAUCUAAUUGCUUUAAUAGCACCGACCUCGGCUUCGCCGAGAUCUAUACAAUCACGACUCAAGAGAUAGGCGCUGCUGCCAAUAUGACCACCAGCAGCGCCUCUAGGUUUCUCUACCGGAGCUCUUCUGCGUGGAGCUGGCUGGGUUAUUUACCCUUGGCUGCAUGCUCUCUCUGGUUCUUACUGUAAAUAUUACCUAGUGAAUGGGUUGAGUACUACUCAAUAUAGAGAUGGGCUAAGAAGUGAGACGAGCGGAUUUUCUUCAUUUUAACCUUUUGUAUCUAUACCAUUUGGCAUCUUAAACCGGCGCACGGAGCGGAGGGAUGAAACUUUUUUUUUUUUUCAAUGGCUGUGGGUAAGUCUCCCAAUGCCAGCGAGGCUCUAUAAUUACAAGGGAGAAAGGAUGUGCGGAUUUGAUAUCAGGUACCUACCUACCUACUUAGGUACCUAGCUAUACCCCUUCUCUCUCUCGGACUGAGAUUCCAUAUCAUCUCUAACACUAGGUAUCUUGGGGAUCACCAGGUAGAUAUUGUUCCUCAGAUAUUAUGAACGAAAAAAUUCUACAAGAUUCUUAUUA